GUCAACCUCUUCGGUUCCUCGUCUAGUAACACUCCUACCUCAGCCAGUUCUCCGAAUGUCCUAGAAGGGCAGGCAGCCACAACACCUCCCUCUAGCCUUGGGUCCUCCCGCCCAUCUCUCUCGAAGCCCUCUGUAGAGAUUCCGAAGCCGCGGUCGGAUGAGGAGUCUCCAGAAGUCUACCUGCAGCGCCUCGUUGAGGCGGUGAGCAAGACGGAGGUGGCCUCUAUACUGGCUUCAAGCUCCGAUGCAUUCCAUGCUCGCGCGCUUCGUGUAUACAUUGAGCGUUUCAACUUCGUGGGGGACCCGCUCGAUGUUGCGUUGCGGAAGCUGCUCAUGGACGUUGGUCUACCCCGCGAGACGCAGCAAAUUGACCGUGUUAUGGAGGCCUUUGCUGCACGUUACGUUCAGUGUAAUCCUAACUUAUUCUCAUCAGACGACCAUCCGUAUAUCCUAGCAUUCAGUCUAAUUAUGUUACACACCGACGCCUUUAACAAGUCUAAUAAGCGCAAGAUGACGAAGCCGGACUACAUCAAGAAUACUCGUCUCCCCGGCGUAGCUCCUGAGGUUCUCGAUUGCUUUUACGAUAAUAUCGUCUUCGCGCCCUUCAUUUUCAUCGAGGAUCCUUUGGAUGUCAACGGUCAGCGCGGCCUGGUGCCUGAAGCGGUGUCCCGCAGGAUGUCCACCAUCGGGGCGCCUUCCCCCGGCGGCCUAAACAGCGGCUCAGGUUCAGCCCUGCUCGGAAAAAACAACAGGAUUGAUCCUUACUACCUCAUCACUAGGAAUCUCCUCGACGACCUCCGGAUAGACGUUCAUUCGCAUAUACCCCCAGAGAGCCCGUACUUCUAUCAGGGAACCGCAGGUCCGUGGGAUGAAGACGAACUGCAGCGUGCCUUCGCCCUCGCUAGCGUUGUGGAGGUGGCCGCGAUCGAAAAUCGAUACCACGCUUCGCCCUGGUUCAGCCUUAGCGUGACGGGUGGGCCGGGUCCGAUGUUCCAAAGCUCACUCGGCUCUAUGCCUGUGCUCACCCCCAGCGGAGGCGGCGUAUGGGUCAUCAAGGUGACGAAGGUGGGACUCAUGCUCCGGAAGGAGGACAUCGUCGAGGGCGGCCGACGCGCCAUGACACGCAAGUGGCGGGAGUGGUGUGUUCUCCUGACCGGCUCUCAGUUGUUGUUCUUUCGGGACUCUACUUGGGCAAACGGUCUUCAAACGCAGCUCGGGCAGUCCGACGGGCAGGUUGUCCUUCAGCAGACGUCCUUACCUCAGCCCGAUGAGAUGCUUUCUGUGCGCGACGCUAUCGCGGUCUUCGACAAGUCUUACACGAAGUACCCGAACACGCUGCGCCUCGUCAUGCCGGACGGCCGCCAGUUCCUCCUUCAAUCGCAAGAUGAAAAGGAGAUGAACGAGUGGAUCGCGCGUAUCAAUUACGCCAGCGCGUUCAAGACUGCCGGCGUGCGCAUGCGGGCGCUGGGUCUGUCGGGCAGGGACAUCGAGCUCACGGGUAUCGCUGCUGCGGCCUCGCAUCUCAAGGACCUGAAACACAACUUGGGGUCGGCGCCCUCGCCAAUCAUCCGCACUUGGAAUGGCAGGUCGUCGGAGGACCUCGAUAUUGUCUCACGAGCUGCUGCCGAGUCCGACCCGACAUUGCCUUCCCCGCCCCCGGAAGGGUUGCGGGCGCGCGGGGGUUCGGUGGGCUCGGUGGGCUCGAUGGGGUCCGAUCCGACCACGCCUCCGUACGAGAACUCGUCGCGUCUGUUCAAGGCGACCUUCGACGAGGUCAAGACGGAGCUCGCCGCCGGCCCUCUGCACCUGUCUGACGACACGAGCAUCCGUUUCGGCGGGCGCAAGCGCGCGUACAGCCUGGAGUCCACGCUAGGCUCCCCACAACCGGGCGGACGUACGAGCGGCGAGCCGAAGACGCGGAUGUCGUCACGGCCUGCGAUCAUCAGGACGAAGGUGGCGGAGCUGAACGCGAAGAUUGCGCUCGCCCGCACGCAGCUCGACACGGACAUGCGCUUCGUGCGCAAUCUCGCGGUGCUCACGCCCUUUCAGCGCGCGACGCGCGACCGGCUGCAGGGCGCGGUGACGAACGUGGCGAAGCGCGUGAUGCAGGUGCGCCUUGACAUUGAGAAGCUCGUUUGUUACCGCGACGUGCUUGCGGCGGACCUCGCGGCGGAGGAGCGCGACUGGGAGCGCACAAAGCGCAUCGCGAUGCAGGCUGCGACGCAGAAGCUCGCAAACGCGCUGCGACAGCGCAUCGAGCGCGAUGCUCUGCGUCCACAGGCUAUGACGCUGUCGGUCUACGUCGACCAGACUGAGCCUGCGCCAGCGUCGGCCCCGAUGGCGAUCCCAAGGACCGGGCACGCGUCCGCGCACUCGCAUGGCCAAGAGUCAUCUAUCGCAGACUCGUUCCACUCGGCGCGGUCGAGCGGGUGGCAUUCCAGGCAACGCAGCGCGACCGUGGCGUUCGAGUCCCCGCGCACGUUCGACUCGCCUGCGGGCGUCGGGAGCUCCGCGACGUCGGACGGGUCGUUCCCGUUCCCGGAGUCACCAGAACGGCCGCGGCCGCGUGCGACGCCCCUUACCGCGCAGGACUCGCUCGAGAGCACGACGAGCACGGACGGGGGCGGGGGCGCGCACGAGAAGUUCUACACCGCGCCGGAGAUGCCGGAGGAGCAGGCGGAGGAGUGGCACAAGACGCGCGCGGCGAAGCGGGUGUCGCUCGUGAAGCUCCCGUCGGACCUCCGGAUCUCGGUCCUGUUUGGGCAGAAGCAGCAGGCGCGCGGAGCGGGGCCCGGGGAGGCCCCGGACGUCGUCGCGGAGGAGUCGGGGACGUCGACGACGCCGACGAGUCCCGCGGCUCGGCAACGCGGCAGCGGGAGCCCGUACGAGCAGCAGCCGAGCGCGACGGUGGCCAUGUUCGACUUGUAG